AUGACGACCUUGUUCUCAAUAGCUGUGAUUUACAUCACAAACAUGUGUUUGGUGUUUGGGGGUCUCUUCAACGCGGCGCUUUACAAACCAGCUAUUUUAAGCUCUAAUCAUGUACUAUACACCGCAGAUUUAGCUAACGAUGGAUCAAAUGAGACGGAUAUAUUUAGUAUGCACUGUGCUCAUUCUGCUGAAGAUAAUCCAGGCUGGUGGAUGGUGGAUCUCAGAGGUCUUUACAAAGUGGAGCAGAUAGUUCUGGUCAACAGGGGAGACGAUUACGAUGGAAGCUUGAGAACUAAAAACUUCCAGUUUGAUGUGUUUGAAACUGACCCACGGUUAUCACGUGACUUCCCGAUGGUAUCUGGCCAAGUGUGCUACACGCGAGUUGAGCCAGUAGGACAAGGAGCCACGCUAACGAAAAACUGCACUGCACCCAUUGUGGGACGCUUCGUCAGGUUUAUCAGGUGCUGUUACCAUUCAGAACAGUGA